GCAGGAGGGGAAGGAGGCGACAGCAGAUUAAAUGUCUAUAAGGAAAACUGACGAAUUUGUUGUGGGUGAAGUUGGCCAGUCUUUUUAUUUAUUGCUCGCGUUCCUAGCUAAAAAUGAUCUUGGUUUUCUGGGUCUGUUUCUGCUUCUGUAAAUAGGGCACAAUAGACUCUCACUCGCAGGUUUGUGGUGAGAAAUCAGGGAUGGGGAAAGGAAAGCACGGGCGUUCUAUAAAUAUUAAUAGUUAAGAAAUAUUAGUAAAAAUCAGUGAAUAUAUUACCUUUGCUAUUAUUAUCCUCUCUCUCCCUCUGGACAGUUCCUAAGGGUAUGCGGCUUUCUGAACAAAAGAGAGGUAAGUUCAAAGGCUCGAAGUUGAAUGGAAAAGAAAGCGCCUCCCCUUGUGUCACAUGGCUAGUCUCUAGGGAAGAAGACUCUCGGUGUUUUUAGUCCAUCCCUGUUAGGCGGAGCCUUCGGUGCGUUCUUCCAAUGGGGAUGCUAGAAUUAAAUAUCCGUCCUCUUUGCCUUGGGACUGGCAGGGCGCACAGGCGCCGUGCCCAAUGAGGAGCGGCGUAGGAGCAAUGGGGGCGGGGACAAGGGCCACGCCCCCCGGAGCGCCGGGCAUCUGGUCCUUAACUCGCGCCGGGAAAAGGUAGACACAUUUGGGACUCCGGGUUGCGGCGAUGGCGCUUCGCUGGGGCAUCGUGUCGGCUGGCCUUAUCUCCAGCGACUUCACGACGAUGCUGCGGAUGCUGCCUCGCUCUGAGCACCAGGUAGUGGCGGUAGCGGCCCGUGACCUGAGCCGGGCGAAGGAGUUUGCUAAGAAACACGACAUCCCCAAGGCCUAUGGAUCCUAUGAGGAACUGGCCAAGGACCCAGACGUGGAGGUGGCCUACAUUGGCACCCAGCACCCCCAGCACAAGGCCGCAGUGUUACUCUGCCUGACAGCGGGCAAGGCUGUGUUGUGCGAGAAGCCCAUGGGUGUGAACGCUGCGGAAGUGCGUGAAAUGGUUGCUGAGGCCCGAUCCCGAGGCCUCUUCCUUAUGGAGGCCAUCUGGACCCGGUUCUUCCCUGCUGUAGAGGCUCUGAGGUCUGUCCUGGCCCAGGGAACUCUGGGGGACCUUCGGGUGGUUCGGGCAGAAUUUGGGAAGAAUCUCACCCACGUACACCGGGCCACAGACUGGGCCCAGGCGGGAGGUGGCUUGUUAGACCUUGGCAUCUACUGCCUCCAGUUCAUCUCCAUGGUCUUUGGUGGGCAGAAGCCGGAGAAGAUUUCAGCUGUGGGAAGGCGCCAUGAAACAGGUGUGGACGACACUGUCACUGUGAUACUCCAGUACCCAGGAGGGGUCCACGGCAGCUUCACCUGCAGCAUCUCUGCCCAGCUCGCCAACACGGUGGCCGUGAGUGGUACCAAGGGCAUGGCCCAGCUCCUCGACCCCUGCUGGAGCCCAACAGAGCUGGUGGUGAAGGGGGAGCAUAAGGAGUUCCCACUGCCUCCAGCCCCAGGAAAGGAGUUCAAUUUUACAAAUGGAAUGGGCAUGUGUUAUGAGGCCAACCAUGUCCGGGAAUGCCUGCAGAAAGGCCUGAAGGAAAGUCCUGUGAUUCCGCUGGUGGAAAGUGAGCUCCUGGCUGACAUCCUUGAGGAGGUGAGGAAGGCCAUUGGAAUCACCUUCCCCCAAGACAAAUGCUGAUGUAUGCCCUGAACAAAUAAAGACAUGCUGGGAAUUCUUUGGCUGUCCAGUGGUCAGGACUCGGCACUGUCACUUCUGGGGCCUGGGUUCAAUCCCUGGUCAGAGAACUAAGCUCCUGUAAGCCUCAGGGCAUGGCAAAGUAAAUACAAAAGUUAAAUAAAAUAAAUAAUGAAGUUGUGAUUUCCACAGA